GAACAUAAGUUAGCUUGAAGGAGGCUUGCACAUUUAUAUCAAGAAAACCCUCAUUAUGAAAGAUGUAUGAAAAAGAAGAGAGUCAAAAAUACUAGUAAAUUAGAAUUAUUUCUCAAGUUGUGAGUGAAAUCCGCUCAAAAUGCGGUUUUACCAAAGACGGUAGAGGGAACGAACCAGUUGAUAUUUCCUACCGGAGCUAUUUUGUAGAGGACCCACUGGGAACUUUGUGGUUUGAAAUUUAUGAACGCAACAAGGUUUUUGUCGAUAAAGUGUGAUAAUGGCUGCAUCAGGUCCCAAUAAGGACAUCAGAGCUGGGUGUAAGAAAUGUGGUUAUCCGGGCCACCUGACGUUCGAGUGCCGUAACUUUGUGCGUGUGGACCCCCGGAAAGACAUUGUCCUGGACGUGAGCAGUACAAGCAGCGAAGAGAGUACUGAGGACGAGCAGGAGGAUCUGCCUAACGACAAGCUGGGCCGGGGAGGAAAAGACUCAAAAGGUUCCCUGGAGGACGCCAGGAAAAUUAAACACAAGAGGAGGAAAAGUAAAGUCAGAAAGUCUGAAAGGAAGAGGUCCUUUUCAUCAAGUGACGAAGAUGAGAGCAAGAAGAGAAAGAAGCACAAAAGCCACAAGAAAAAUGGCAAGAAGGAAAAGAAGGAACGUCACAAGAAGAAGCAGAAGAAGAAACAUGAUUCUUCCUCAUCUGACAGCUCCAGCAGGUCCUCUGACACUGAUUGAGAAGAUGGAACAUUUAGGGACAGAUUUACUGAGUAUUUGCACCUGUCAUUUAACAGAGGAAUCAAACUAAGACAUGAAAAUGUAUUUAGACACACUUUACCAUAAAAUAUUAUAGUUUUUUGAAACUUUAAUUUGAUAUUUUGUUCUAUGAUUUAUGUCCUAUGGAAAAUAAUAGGUGCAGACACUGAGUGUAUCUGGCCCUCGUGUUUCACAGAUUCAAGGUCUGGUCAAUAUAGCCUCUGCUACAAUUGAAAUAAUGGACCCACAUUUACUGUUACUUGUUUGACUUUGGUGAAUGCUGAAAGUAUUUUAUUUUUUGUUAUUGAUGGAAUUUGUAUAUUAAAGGUUUUCUAUACAUAGAAA